CAUCUCAGACAAGAACUGGCCAGGAUUACCGAGAUGGAAAACAAAGCCACCAUUCGUCUGAAGGUAGACUGGCCAGAAGGAGUACCCCGGCAGCCGGAGGUAGAACUUCAAAAGGCUCUACAAACCUGGUUAACCAAAUCCGCCAGCAGUACUGUCUGGGAGUGUCGGAGUGUAACUUCUCCACAAGAUGGAGCUGUUGAGGCGGUGGUUUCAGCCUCUUUAGAACAUCUAUUCACUCAAGAAACUAAGUUGACCCUGAAGCAUCAGAGAACAGCGUUAGUGACUUGUGUUCUGCCUGGAGAUGAGCUGAAUGAGCCUGUGAACUGCACUUUACCGCUGGUCCACUUCUGGUACGUGAACCAGGUCUACAGAGAGAAAAUGAAACGCAUCGAGGAAGAAAACGGAGUUCAUAUCCAAAAGGACGUGAAGGUGUCCUUCAACGGUGACACCAGCGCUGGAGCAGACCCAGUCAAGGCUCUCUCUGAAUUCAUCGAUCUAGUCCAGUCUUGUUUAGGAGACUCCACAAGCUACUCUUACUCCCAUGGGCCCGGUCAAGUGGACUGGGAGAAAGCCCUUCAACACAUCCAGCAGGGUCAAGAGAAGCUCACGCUUACCGUGUCACCCCAUGAGGUGGAGGUGUGCGGGCCGAUGAAAAGCCUGAAGACUUUCGAAACCAUUUCAAAAAUGCAAAAGAAAACCCUUAAUACUCCGGUUCCUGGUCCGUCAUCUGCAGGGGAAGCUCAAGGAAGAUCACAAAGGGUCAGCAUGAACUUCAGAGACCCUCUGCUCAGCUCUGGUGUAGCAAUAGAUGCAACCAACUACAAAGUGAUGGCUAUCGCUUAUAAGGAUGAAAUGGCCAUGAUCGAAAGCAAGUUCGGUGUGAAUUUGUGUUACAUGGAAGAUGCGGUCUGGGCCAAAGCUAAACCCGGGGGGUCUGAAGACACCGUUACCCUGGAGGGCCACGCCCUCAGAGCUGUUCUGUGUCUGUACCAGAGAGUGGCCACCUCGGUGCUGAGUUGCUCCCUGCAGAGCCAGAGCCAGAGCGAGAUCCACCUAGUGGGGCAGAGACUGGCUGGACACCCUGGGGUCGUCCUAGACCGUCUUGGGGACCAGUGGAGGAUCAUCGGCCUGCCAGAGGACCUGCGCCGGGCUGUGGAGCACAUCGAGAGUGACCUAGAAGGACCCGUCUUCAGGGAGGAGGACAGGCAGAGGAUCGGAUGUUCCAAAAGUGAUGCAUCUCUAUGCGUUAUUGCAUGAGAGCCAGCCUCUAUACAAAAUGUUUGCUUCAUUUUCUCAAAGCCCAAAAAAAAUGUGAAUCUCUAAAUAAUAUGGCAUGUUCCCCUACUGGACUCUGCUUUCUGCCAGGGCUCCCAGUACGCUGAUGUGAAUGGUUCAGAAGUAGGUGUUUAAACUUAAUGAGUCAGGAAAAAAGCAUUCAAUCACUUUCUUUAAUUGAUCUAUCUCUAUGCAUUUUUUUGGCCGUACAUUUAUUAGGCCCUAUGCAGAUUUAUUUUUAAUUACUUAUUUAAUUAGAUUAUAUAGCAAUGUUAUAUUAAAACUAUUAAACUAAAACCAUUUUAACCAAUCAACAAUUUCAGCCGAGGAGACGAAAAAGAAUGCUCUCUGUACAGUUUUUCCAUUUUAUUUUAUUUAUAACAAUACCUUUUAUUUAGUUUGCAGAGUACUCCAGCAAAAAGUAAAACAUUAUUCUCUUUCCAGAAGAAGUCUGCGUUUCCAUGCAUUGUGUACUAUAAAAGCUAUGUGACAUCUGUAAUUAAAAACAAAGGCUAAUCAAAAACAA